GCAACAAGUGCUUCCUCCGCCUCCAUAGUCGUCUUUACCAUCAUCUAGAUCUCAGGCACCUUCUCCUCCUACUCUCCCGCAACUCGAGUUCCAGCUGAGCUGAAGCGCAACAAGUGCCCCUCUCAGAAAAAGGCCUUCGAGAGACCGCCGCCCCAUCAUUCAAUUCAAUUAGUUGGUUUUUAACAUAUACAAAUUGAAAUUAAAAGUGCAAUUUCAUUAGUAGUCUCCCUUACGACAACGACGAAUAUAAAUUCAUUAAAAAACACAACAAAAAAGACGAAAAGACGAAAAGAAAAUUUGCCAAGUGCGCCACGACGAAAAGUGAAAAAGUGAAAGGAAGCGUCAGCAGAGACAAAGACAGAGGCAGAGAAAUACGAACCAGAAUGAUGCUCAAAGGUGUUCAGAUGCUGAGAUGCGGUUUUGCUGGCGGUGUAACUGUACAGAAUUUCCGAUUGAUUUGCCGUCGCUCACUUUCUGUGCAAUAUGGCAAUGCAAAGGCCCUGACUCCGGCUGUCCGGGAAUAUGUGGAAAAGUGCGUCGAUCUAUGUCAACCAGAGCGUAUACAUAUCUGUGAUGGUUCCCAGGAGGAGAGUAAACUGCUCCAAGCUCUUAUGCUGAAACAGGGAACUAUUCUACCACUGCCAAAGUAUGAUAAUUGUUGGCUGGCACGCACCAAUCCCGCCGAUGUGGCUCGCGUCGAGAGUAAGACCUUCAUUUGCACGGAUCGCAAGGAGGAAACGGUGCCAGUUACCCCAAAGGCUACUCCGGGCACUCUUGGUAAUUGGAUUUCCGAGGCUGAUAUGCAGGCGGCCAUUGGGGAGAGAUUUCCUGGCAGUAUGAAGGGACGUACCAUGUAUGUCAUUCCAUUUAGCAUGGGUCCAGUGGGUUCGCCGCUCUCCAAAAUUGGCAUAGAGAUCACCGAUUCGGCUUAUGUGGUGGAGUCCAUGAAGAUUAUGACCCGUGCUGGGGUUCCUGUCAUCGAUGAGCUUCAGAAGGGCGAUGGGAAAUUUGUAAAGUGUUUGCAUUCGGUGGGCACUCCCAAAUCUGGUGUCCAGGCUCAUCCAUCUUGGCCCUGUGAUCCUGAGCGGACGAUCAUUUUGCACAAGCCCGCAGAGAAUGAGAUCGUGUCCUAUGGGUCGGGUUAUGGUGGCAACUCACUGCUGGGUAAGAAGUGCUUUGCUCUUAGAAUUGGCAGCACCAUUGCCAAGAGGGAGGGUUGGCUGGCCGAGCACAUGCUCAUCAUGGGCAUAACAAAUCCUCAGGGAAAAAAAAUCUAUGUAGCUGCUGCAUUCCCCUCGGCCUGCGGCAAGACCAAUUUGGCCAUGAUGACCCCAACUCUGCCCGGCUAUAAGGUGGAGUGUGUUGGCGAUGACAUUGCCUGGAUGAAGUUCGAUUCAAAGGGUGUUCUGCGUGCCAUUAAUCCAGAGAAUGGCUUCUUUGGUGUUGCCCCAGGCACUUCACGGGCAACAAAUCCCAUAGCCAUGGAUAUGGUCUUUAAGAAUACAGUCUUUACGAAUGUGGCCACCACCUCAGAUGGUGGCGUCUACUGGGAGGGCAUGGAGGAUUCUCAUCUAUCGAGUGUCACGGUAACCGAUUGGCUGGGCAAACUCUGGUCCAAGGAGUCUGGCAAGCCAGCGGCCCAUCCCAAUUCCCGCUUUUGUACUCCCGCCUCACAGUGUCCCAUUAUAGAUGAUGCUUGGGAGGAUAGUGCUGGUGUUCCGAUCUCAGCCAUCCUCUUUGGCGGUCGUCGUCCUAGUGGUGUUCCUCUGGUCUACGAGGCGAGAAACUGGAGCCAUGGCGUCUUCAUGGGCGCUGCCAUGAGGAGCGAGGCCACAGCAGCGGCCGAACACAAGGCCAAGACCAUCAUGCAUGAUCCCUUCGCCAUGCGUCCCUUUUUUGGCUACAAUUUCGGUGAUUAUCUAUCCCAUUGGCUGUCUAUGGAGCAAGAGGGACGACAGCUACCCAAAAUCUUCCAUGUCAACUGGUUCCGCAAGGGCAGCGAUGGAAAAUUCCUUUGGCCCGGUUUCGGUGACAAUUCCCGUGUCCUCGAUUGGGUCUUUCGGCGUGUUCAUGAUGAGAAAUGCUUCAAGGACUCGCCAAUCGGUCAUCUGCCCAGCAAAGAUGCCUUAAAUAUCGCUGGCCUAAAGAGUCCCGUAGAUCUCAUAGAACUUUUCGAUUUACCCAAAGAAUUCUGGCAACAGGAGGCCUCUGAGAUUGAGAAAUAUUUCAGCGAACAGGUUGGCCAACAUUUGCCCGAACAGGUGACCCAACAACUUGGCGAACUCAAGGCGCGUGUUGCCAAAAUGUGAUGAAGUAUGUGAGCGUUCCAUAGGUUAUAUUUUCUAAUCAUAGAUUUAAUUGCAUAAAAUAAAAAAGAAAAAAACAAAAAAAAACCCACAAACAA